AUGGCUGAUGCGGGACGUGAUGGGCAUGUGAGCUCGUUCUGCGAUCUUACUGGGGCUUCCCCAGAGCAGGCUACCGAGUACCUCUCGGCCACUGGAUGGGAUCUCGAGACCGCAGUCGCUUCAUUCUAUGCUGAUGCCGAAGAGGGAGACAGCGCACCCACAACAGCCACACCGACACUCGGACAAGCCGCUGACGACUCGUAUUCGGGACCUCGAACCCUAGAUGGCCGCCCGGCUCCCCAGUACGCCUCAGCAAGCUCAUCAUCGAAGAAGGUCCCUAAGAAGAAAGGGCUCGCAACGCUGAGCUCACUUGGUGCUGGACACGCCCACGAUGACGAUGACGAUGAUGAGGACGAGGAAGAGGAUGAGGGCAGGGGUCCGCGGGAUCUCUUUGCCGGAGGGGAGAAAUCAGGACUGGCGGUCCAGGACCCAAAGAUGGAUCGGGGACCUUCAAGUGCUCAAAAGGUCAUCAAGGAUAUACUAUCUAGAGCAAAAGCCAAUGCCUCCCGUCCCGGCCCAGACGAGGAAGAGGCUGGACCUUCUCGAUCAGGCGCAUUCCGAGGAACCGGCCAGACUCUUGGUGGAGAAGGCGUUGAAUCUCGGUCUAUACCUGAUCCACUGGGUGCACCCACCUCACGGCAAGCCACCACAGAGGGCGAAGGUGCUACCCAGAUGCGGACGCUACAUCUGUGGCAAGAUGGCUUCAGCAUUGACGACGGCGAACUUCGCCGGUUCGACGACCCUGCUCAUGCCAUGGACUUACAGCUCAUCCGCCAGGGCCGGGCCCCCCUCCAUCUGAUGGACGUGAGAUAUGACCAGCCUGUUGAUGUAAAGCUGCAGCAACACGAGGAGAACUGGCGCCAGCUGCCUAGAAUUUAUCGCCCUUUUGGAGGCGAGGGACGCCGCCUGGGAAGCCCUGUGCCUGGUGACUCCGCUAGCGGGGCGUCCGCUAUGAGUGCGUCGGCCGCAGCUGAUACAGCAACCAGCCAGCCUGCCUCGUCCAGACAGGCGCCUGAGGUGGACAGCUCCCAGCCAACGAUCAUGCUGCGCAUCCAACUAGCGGACGGCACGCGACUGCCAGCCCGGUUCAACUCGACUCACACGGUUGGCGAUGUGUAUGACUUUGUCCAGCGCGCAUCUCCCGAAACCACCACCCGUGACUGGGUUCUAGCAACCACAUUUCCGAACAAAGACCAUACAGAUCGUGGCCUGGUUCUGGGCGAGAUGCCCGAGUUCAAACGAGGUGGCACAGCUGUUGUCAAGUGGACUUAG